AGAAGUUCUGCUGUGCGCCUUACACAAUGUCUGGAGGUGAAGAUUGUGUGGAGUGUCCACUAUGUAUGGAACCAUUAGAAAUCGACGAUGUGCACUUUUUUCCGUGCACUUGUGGAUAUCAAAUAUGCCGCUUUUGCUGGCAUAGAAUUAGGACAGAUGAAAAUGGAUUAUGUCCAGCAUGUAGAAAAGCAUACCCAGAAGACCCAGCACUAUACAAACCGCUUACACAAGAGGAGCUGCACAAGAUAAAGUCACAAAAAAAGCAGAAAGAUAUUCAAAGAAAACAGAAAAUAUCAGAAAACCGCAAGCAUUUAGCAAGUGUACGGGUCGUGCAAAAAAAUCUGGUCUUUGUAGUUGGACUGUCGCAGAGGCUAGCUGACGCGGAAGUCUUAAAAAAACAUGAGUAUUUUGGAAAAUUUGGCAAGAUAAUGAAGGUGGUGGUAAAUAAUAGCACAUCAUAUGCAGGUUCACAAGGCCCAAGUGCAAGUGCAUACGUAACAUACUACAGGGCAGAGGAUGCUCUACGAGCCAUACAGUCGGUUAAUAAUGUGUUUGUAGAUGGUAAGACAUUGAAAGCAUCGCUUGGCACAACUAAAUACUGCUCCCACUUCUUGCGCAAUUCACAGUGCCCAAAGCCUGACUGCAUGUACCUUCAUGAACUUGGCGAUGAAUCUGCAAGUUUUACGAAAGAAGAAAUGCAGCAGGGCAAGCAUCAGGAAUAUGAGAUGAGGCUGCAUGAAGCUCUGUUUGGACAGCCUGUUGAGAAACGCAAGGGCUCAAAAUCGUCCAUCUCUCCUCUUAGCUACCAGCACGAGACCUGGCCCUCCGUUGCGCAGCAUCAAGCAGACAAGCAGCAAAUUUUGGCAGAGUCAAAUAGGCAGAGUCCAUCACCGGUUGCAUCGUUAAAUCAGCUAGACAUGCACCUGGCUAACAUGAUGGGCAAUGCCUGCUCGAUCGGCAGAGAUCGACACACGUCAGGCGGGAGCGAUUCGGGAGAAUAUUUCCACCAGGGAUUGGAGAAGGUACACAACCCGGGCUUCAACUCACCAACAAUGGAAUUGCUGCAGCAAAGCAUACAGGCGCGACCGAUGGACAACGACUCCAUAUGGCCCGGCUUUGGGAAGGAGCAGGCACGUGCAACAGCUUUUCGUGACACUUCUCCUCACGGUGUGCCUAGGAUGCAGCAUGCUCCGAACGAGAUGGUCAGUGCGAGUCGUUCUAGGACGUCUAAUGCAUCUGCUGAAGUACCUGGUUCGCCGGCAUCUUUGCCCGACAUCAAGUCGCCCAAAAAUAAUUCCGUGUUACACAACAAGCAAAUGCAAACAGAGGAUAGCAUAGAAGGACUCAUCGGAUGGUCGGAAUCCUCGACAGCGCUCGCACAGUUGAUAGAAAAAACGACGGGCGUCAAUCCAUAUCAGCGUGGGUGUGGCGGCAACGUUGUGAGGGCACCCCCUGGUUUUACCACGCCAUCAUUUGAUAUAAGCCACGUGCCUACGACGACAAUACGGGCUCCUCCAGGGGUGGCACUCUCAGUCAUCCGACAUCCACCCAACCUAGCUAACCUGACGAGACUCAUGCAGAGCGAUCAUGCAUCGAAUGACCAGAUGUGGUCACUCAAGGAAAACCUGAGGAGUCAAAGAAAUGCAAUACAACUGUACUCCCAUGCUUACCAGUAAAUUCACUGUUAUAGUGUGUCUACUUCAUACAUUGGAUUACAAUGAUGUAACUGUAUAUAAGAUAUGCCAGUUUGAAAAGUGCUAAAUAUCGCUAAAAUGUAAAACUAUCGUUUGAACAAAAACGAGAGAAUCUUGAUUUAUCUCAAUGCUAAUAUAUAACAGUUGUUCAUUAGGCCAAGUUAUGCAGUUGUCACAUUCAACAGGAAGGAGGGUUUCUAUUGAAGUUAUUUUAUGUGUGCAGCAUUAAUGAUGCAGUAUUCUAUAUUCAUUUUAAUUUUACUAAGCACAGCGUAACCUAUAGGUUGCACUGUACAUGGCCCGUUCCAAGUGUAUCAUCUCUUGUUUAUUGCAUGGAAAGUUGACAUAAAUUAAUAUAGCUAUUGAGGCGUAUGCAAGAGCAAUAGGUAAUGUUGCAUCAAAUAAGCCAUUGCAUGCAGUGUUAAUCAGUUAUCAACUGAAAUUAUAUUAAAAUUUAAUAGACAAACAAGGAUUUUACGAAUGAAUGAAUGAUCUAGCCUGACAAAUCAACCAAACUAUAAAUCCUGACAAGAUGACUGUCAACUUCAAUAAAACCUGUUGGAAAUGGAUAUAUUAAA